AGAAUUAAUCUCACCUUGUGUCCCGUAGUUCCUCAUUGGAAUCGUUGAAAAUGCUGUUUGCUUAAUGUGUUUUAAUUUUUUUUCACAUUUAGCUAACUUUAGGAGGAGUUUUCAAGAACCACAAUGGUUACUAAAGAUUUUACCUUAUCAGUGGAGAAUGCAGGGAUUAUUCGCCUAUAUCUUCCCCAUCUUAAGUCUUUGUUUGGGGAUGUGCAUAUAAAUUUUGAGGGAACAGAUACGAGUUCCCGAACGAAAAUUGAGUGGGUUUGUUUAACUGGCCCAACUGGAGAAGCUUGCAAUAAAGUUAAGAACUACAUCACUUCUUUAACCAAUCCCAGUAACAAGGUGAUUAUUAAAAUCCCUGCAUGGCUACAGUCAGAACUCAUUCGCAAUGAUUCAAGUUUACUAAAAGAACUGGAAAGGGAAAGUGGUGCAGUUAUUGAAGUGGAGGAUGAGUCUGGUCAGUUAAACAUACAGGGUGUAGAUGAAUUAACAGUUGUAGUUGCAAAAUCACUUAUUGAUGAAAAAUUAGAAGAGGGGCAAAAGUCAACAAAAAACAAUGAUAUUACUAAACGAAAAAAUGAAUUAGAUGCAUCCAUCACAGAAGUAUGCGAAGGUGUCAAGCAAUUUGCCCUGAAACUAGGAUACGAUGAUAAUGAUAUUAUGUUAGCAGCAAAUAAGUGCAGUACCAAAGGUGAUCAUGUUAACGAGAAUACUCUUUUACAGGAGCUAGUCAAAAAUAGUCCACAAAAAUUGAAGGAAAAUUUAAAUCAGAAAGAUGACAAAUAUUUUCCUGUGGUUACCAGCACUGUUGGUGAAGUGACAUCAGCACAAACAACCCGUGUUUCAGCUGUGGUCAAUGAUGAUAUGCGGGAUAUCGUAAUUGAUGGUAGCAAUGUGGCUAUGUGUCAUGGACAUAAGGAAACAUUUUCUUGCAGUGGCAUCGACAUUGUAGUAGAAUGGUUCCGGCAACGUGGCCAUAAAAAUAUUGUUGUGUUUGUACCACAAUGGCGUCAAGAAGCAUCAACAACAGAAAGUCCAAUCACAAAUCAAGAUAUAUUGACUCGUUUAGAUAAGGAGAGAGUCUUAGUUUUUACUCCAUCACGUCGUAUAAAUGGUCGUCGUGUUGUUUGUUAUGACGACCGUUACAUUGUAAAACACGCAUUUGACACUGACAGUGUUGUUGUGUCAAAUGAUAACUUCCGCGAUUUGUGCAAAGAAUCAUCUGACUGGAAGUCAUUUAUUGAGCAGCGCCUACUGAUGUACUCUUUCGUGAAUGACACAUUUAUGCCACCAGAUGAUCCAUUGGGUAGGUGUGGGCCUACUCUAGAUGAAUUUUUACGGAAAGGCACAAAAAGUAGACCUUGUCCCUAUAAAAACAAAUGUACUUAUGGUAGUAAGUGUCGCUUUUACCAUCCGGAGAAAGAAGCAAGUAGUAGACAUGGACGUGCUGCUCCCUCACCUUCCAAUAGCUUUCAUUCAUCUCCAAGUCAAACAAAAUAUGUUCCUCCAAGUGCAAUGUCAUGUGCUGCAGAAUACAAGGCUUACGAUAGAACUUUUAGUAAUUUUCAGCAGGAUGUGAUAGCUCGAGGUGGCAUAUCCAUGUCGGAAAUGGGUGAAAAGGGAACAGAUGCAUACCCUGCCAGACAGGACUGGAACACUUUAGACAGAAAUAGUCAAGGAACUUCAUCUUAUAACCAACAUUAUUAUCAACCAAACUCAAGUGGGUACCAGUCCCAGCAUCACCCGAACAUGCCAGGUUAUUAUGUAACUUCCCAGCCUUCCUAUUCCCUGCCAUCCCAGUAUCCAUAUUCAACUCCAGAAAAUUCAUUUUCUCACCAAAGUAACGUUUAUGCACCACAUCAGCAAAACAACCUUGUAAUGCGACCAAAUCAAUCAAAUUGUCAGCAGUAUUCAACACCAAGGUCUUAUAAUCAACAUUUAAAUGUGAUGCCCGGUUAUGUUGAUCCGAGAAUGCUUAACCAAUAUUACAGGGCACCGACCAAUAUCCCUGUAAUGCAUCCUGUUGUUAUGCCGAUUGAAACCACGUUGGUCCAUGAAACAGUUGGCAAUCGCGAGUAUUUGCUUAGAUCUGAGCAUUACCCUUCGAAGGAAGACGUUCGGUUUAGUAGACUUACAGAAAUGUUUCCAGGAAGAGCGCAUGUGAUAUCAAAAGUACUGGCAGACCAUCCUAACGAAUCGAACCUUAAUGUUUUAGCUUCUUUUAUUUUAUAAUAAAAAUUAUAUAUAUAUAAUAACAUGGGAUGCGCUGUUGCAGAUGAAUAUUCUUUACGUAUCAGCGUAAUUUAAUUCUUUUUGUAUAUUUUUUUUAUAUGGGAGAAUGUCUGUUUUGAUAAAUCUUCUGUAUCGUGUACGAUUGUUGCGUGUUUUUUUUCACUAUAUAUCAUAUUUUAUAUAAAAAUGAGAGAAAUUUUAAAAUUUUAACUAGUAUGAAUUUUAAUCCUUAAACAGGAACAGACUUAGACGGAAUUCUAUUUUACGAUUAAUCCGGAUAAUCCAUAAUUUCUAACGCCAUUGCCAGCUAUAGAACUUUAAUUUAACCUUCUGACGCAAGGCACGAAAAGUAAUUGCGCGUCUAAUGUUAUCAACAAAGGUCUCAAUGAUAGGGAGGAUUAGUAACCUUGGCAUGGAAAUUGGUUAACUACUUAAAAUUAAGAAAAAACGCUUGACUGAAGUAAACAGAAAUUCUGGGGACUACAAUCAAUUUUCUAUAGUGGGCACCAAAAGAAAUUUAAAAAUAGAGUGUGUGUGUGGUAUUUCUUUUCUUUGAUUCUGUAACAGUCUGGCUUGGCUUUACAUCUUUUUUUUCUUUAUAAGAAACCUUAGUGAAGAAAUUCGUCACCGUGUGUUUAUUUACAUGAUUUGAAAUCCUCAAUUUUAAUGUUAAGUAAACAUAAAAUUUCAAUGAGAAUAUCAAAUGCUUUAUGUAGCUAUUUUUUACAAUCUUUUUAACCAAUAUUUGGACUUAUUAAAGAACUUACUUAUGAGCCCCCUUUUUUGCAGAAGUAUUAAGAUAGGAAAAACAACACUUUCUCUAAACAGGAAUUUAAAACGCUUUUGUUUACAGCAAAUUUCCGUUGUUAAAGUAUAUCCACUUUUUACAUGCUUGACUGAGUACGAAAUCAUUCAGUGAUUACAAUCAAGUUGCAUCAUCUUUGUCAAAGUGUUUGCUUUGUACCUAGAGCUAUAUAAGGACCGGUAUUUUAUUCUCCGACUUGGUGAUUCUAUUAUGGAAUUCCUGAUGUGACGCAUAUAUAAUUUAAACCCUAUGGUAUAUUAAGUAUAUAUAGAUAUAUGAUAUGUAAAGCUUUUACGAGACGACAUGUUUGAAGCAAACGCAAAAAAAUGCUCGACACUUUUUAUACCACACUAUAUUAUAUAGCUUGCUGUCUGCCUGUGAGCAAAAGAAAAUGGAACUGCGAGUAUCACGGGUGAAUUCCGCUGGGGUUUUCAACAGGCUCACGACGUUUUAAAAAGAAAAAUGAGGAAAUAAUGUCUCUCUAUUUAUGACAUCAUAUUGUAACAUGUGUUGCGUGUUUCCUCUGUCUGUUUUUUUCUCAAAAUAUUUUGAUUGGUUCCUGUUGGCAAAUCUGAAUAUAAAGGUGUACUUUAUAUUUUGCGUAUGUAUUUAUAUGUAUAUACAAAUAUCGCUGUUCAAAUUGUA